AAGAGUAAAGUUCGAAUUCCGGUAAAAGUUAUAUCCAGAAAACAAAAUUAUGCAUCCAUGUUUAAUUUCAUCUAAUUAAGUACCACUUUAAUUUGUUGCUAUCAAGCCUUGCUUUCAAAUAAAUAUUGAACUAAAAUAAAUCCCCGGUUUCGAAAUUACUUAGUGAAAUGAUUACUUAAUAAUCGGUUAAUGCAGUCCGACGAUAAGGCUGGAUUUCCUGUUCAAGAAUUCAAAUCGGGAGUUAUCUACAUUUCACCCGGCCAAAUCCGAACAAAGCCGGUUGUUGAAAAACCAACAAGCUCUUCUUCUGCAUCAGAAAUUACAAGUUCGAAUAUUCCCGAGAUGGCUGCAAAGAAACUUCUUGACAUUCAGCCUUCAGAGCUCAAGUUUAACUUUGAGCUGAAAAAGGACGUCACUUGUUUGCUUCAAUUGACAAACACAAGCGAUAAUACUGUCGUCUUUAAAGUAAGUUUCCAUUAUACCAUGGCCGGAAAAUCGAUCGAUUGUAAAAUUGUUUACAGAAGCGAAGUUGAUAUAUAUAUGUAUUUUAUACGUCGACAUGAAUAACCAUACAUUUUAUUUGUUUAGGUGAUAACUAAUGAUCGAAAUAAGUAUCGUGUUCGACCAAACAUUGGGAUUAUUUUGCCUAAAUCAUCUAGUAACAUCAUUGGUAACUUUUCUUUGUUUGAUUUUUUCAUUGUAUCGUUUCGCUCUAUCUCGUAUA